AUGCUGGCCGAGUAUACCCCUCCAGCGGUUGUCCACCCGACCAUUGAAUCCCUCCAACCUAGGAAACGGUCCUUUCUCUCCUCUCUUUUCGGUUCCGCACCGCACAGAAAGCAGGGUUUCGAGUUACCGUCAAACCUUCCGAAAGGCCUCUAUAUGUACGGCGAUGUCGGCAGCGGCAAGACUAUGCUCAUGGACCUUUUCUACGACACACUACCCCCGAAUAUCAAGUACAAGACGCGUAUACACUUCCACAACUUCAUGCAAGAGGUUCACCGAGAGCUGCACAAGAUGAAGAUAGCUCAUGGUAACGACAUCGACGCCAUACCUUUCGUGGCUGCCAAUAUAGCUGCGAAAGCCACCGUCCUCUGCUUUGACGAGUUUCAGUGCACCGACGUGGCAGACGCUAUGAUAUUACGACGCCUAAUGGAAUCCCUAAUGUCCCACGGCACCGUCCUCGUCACAACUUCCAACCGCCACCCCACCGAACUCUACAAAAACGGCAUCCAGCGCGAAUCCUUCAUCCCCUGCAUCAACCUUCUCCUCAACCGGCUCACAGUGCUCAACCUCGACUCCAGUACCGACUACCGCAAGAUUCCCCGGCCGCCCUCCGGGGUGUACCACCACCCGCUCGACAAAGCCGCUGCCACGCACGCUGAGCGCUGGUUCGCCUUCCUGGGCGACUUCGAGCGCGACCCGCCGCACGCCGCCGUGCACCAAGUCUGGGGCCGGGACAUUACGGUGCCCCGAGCGAGCGGCACAGCAGCCAUGUACAGGUUCGAUGAGCUGAUCGGACGGGCUACAGGGGCGGCGGACUACAUAGAACUGGUGCGCAACUACGAGGGAUUUGUGGUGACGGACGUGCCGGGGAUGAACCACCGGAGCCGCGACCUGGCGAGGAGAUUCAUCACGUUCAUCGACGCGGUGUACGAGGGACGCGCGAAGCUGGCGAUGACGAUGGCGGUGCCGUUAAGCGAGCUAUUUAUGAGCCACGAGGAGGUCGGGGAGGCGCUGGGCAACUCGUCGACGAAGCAGAGGGAGAAGAUGGGCGGCGAGCAUGCGGAUGUGGACGAUGCGAUGAGGAUGAUGAUGGAUGACUUGGGCAUGAGUAUGAGCAUGCUGAAGAACAGCAACAUAUUCACUGGCGAUGAGGAGAGGUUUGCGUUUGCGCGGGCGCUGAGCAGGCUCAGUGAGAUGGGGAGCCAGGAGUGGGUCGAACGGGGAAUGGGGCUUGAACACAAGGGUGGAAGGGGAGAGAAGGAGGGCUGGCAGAGGGUCAGGUCGAGAUGGCGGGAGGAUAGCAUGUAG